AUGCACUUUCAAAAUGAAAGUGCUGCACAAACAUGGAGAGAACAAGUAGCAGAAUCACGAUGCAGACAUUGUGUCGAAAAGCAACAAGAAGAGGGUAGGAUCGCUACUAAACCGCCAAGAAGAACAGUUAAGUCUGCUGAUGCUGAAAAUAGAGUCAGAAGCAGACCCAGAGCAGACCCUGCUGAGCAUGUCCCCGCUGCUUACAUUUCUCAGCAAGAGCUAUCUUUAUUGAGAAAUCCUCGCUGGGAAUCUUGUUGCAAACAAGGACCAGUCCAGUUACAACUCUUGUCUGAUCCACCUGAGUACUUGAAGGGCCUUUUUGUUCGGGCAGACACUCAAGAUGCGAUAUUGCCUCAGCUGAGGAGCGUAAUGCCAACAGUAGAUUCUCUCUGCGAAGGCCAUUCGAGAACAAAAAUGCCUAGGCCAGUUACAUUCAAAAGCUUAUCUGCACCUCCAGGAUCUUAUAUCCCAAUGCUUAAAGAAAUACUUAAGCGACUUACGGCUGAAAAUCAAGAAUAUCAAGAAACCCAAUCACAAGAUCAGCAAGGAAAACCAAACUACAUAGCGCGACUAUUCUCUUUGUCCCCUAUACCAUCAUUUAAAUGGCGAUUCGUAACUUAA